CUUGUUGACAUACCACGUGGAGGAGUCUCUCAGUGCCUAUGAGAGGCGCAUAACAACCUCUCCCCUCACAAGUGUGGCCUUACCCCAACUCCGUCCACGAGUCAUUCCCGCGCCAGUGUCUCGUCCAGCCGGGAGUAACGCCGAUCGACUCUCCGACCCGAUUCGAUUGCCGCAUUCUCCGACCGAACGGAGCGCUCCGUUAACAGUGCCAAGGAGAGUCCCCGUUAACGGGCACCGAAUGUUCUGUUGAGUAAAAGGGAAAUGACGGUAACAGGAGCCGCCAUGAUGCAGACGAUGCAGCCUUGUUUUGUGGGAUACCCAUUCCAGGGAAUGACUUCUCCGGCAGGCCAAGGGCGCGUUAACCAGCUGGGUGGCGUCUACAUCAAUGGCCGCCCUCUACCCAACCACAUAAGACUCAAGAUCGUCGAGAUGGCAGCUGCUGGGAUACGCCCCUGUGUCAUCUCUCGCCAGCUGAGGGUAUCCCACGGCUGUGUGUCCAAGAUCCUCAAUAGAUACCAGGAGACGGGGUCGAUCCGUCCUGGGGUGAUAGGCGGUUCGAAGCCCCGCGUAGCCACUCCAGAGAUCGAGCGAAAGGUGGCUGACUACAAGAAGGAGAACCCAGGUGUAUUCUCCUGGGAGAUAAGAGACAGACUGAUCAAGGACGGCCUCUGCGACAGGAACACGGCUCCCUCCGUCUCCGCCAUCUCCAGACUCCUCAGGGGCAAGGAUGACGACGAAGACCCAAAGAAAUCCAAGGAUGCCUCGAAGCACGCAAGUUCAGGGUCAGGCUCAGACUUGGAUGAUGGUUCUGAGGACGAGGACGACCCCCAGAUGAUGCUCAAGCGGAAACAACGUCGUUCGAGGACCACCUUCACCGCCCACCAGUUGGACGAGCUGGAGAAGGCCUUUGAGAGGACACAGUACCCAGACAUCUACACUAGGGAGGAACUCGCCCAGAGGACCAAGCUUACUGAGGCCAGAAUACAGGUGUGGUUCAGUAACCGUCGGGCGCGGCUGAGGAAGCAAAUGGCAUCAGGAAGCAUGAGUAACUUCAAUGCUAUGGGUCUACCGAUGUCCUACCACUCAGCCCCUUCCUCCUACAUGUUCCAGGGCUUCACUGAUCCGGGCUCCACCUUCUCACCCCAAGCACAGGACACAUCUGGGUUGUACCAGGGAGGGUCUGGUGCUCUUCACCAGGGUUCGCUGGCCUCCGAGGCGCGUGCGGCCAACAUGAGCGCCGCCGCAGCGGCAGCUGCGGCCUCCUCCUACCCGUCCAUGAGCGCCGCACUCUCCUCCUGCACGAAUUCCGCCUUCAUCUCCUCCCAGACCCAUGGGGGGAUGUGUGCGAGUCAGGGGACCGGCGGGGCAGCCACAGGGGUCGCUUCCCCCCUCACCUCCGCCGCUCCCGCCUCCUGGGCCUCCAACCAGCUACGAGGGGCUAUGGGCGGCGCGGGCGGCACGCCACCCACCGCCGCCGCCACCCUCACGCCAUCCUCUUUCACCCAUGGACUUGCUCACCACGCUCGCACGCCCACGCAGCACUUCCCCACGCCCGUCUACUCCUGGUACUGAUCCAACUACCCUUAGGUUAGUUUGGCGGAGAAGGGAGUGCAACACCCAACUGAAACCAAAAGUUAAACUAAUGGGGGGUUUUGAUUGGCUGUUCCUGCCAGAGACUGAAGAGCUCCACGAGUCACGAGUUCGCCCUCAGGCUCGGUGCUCAUCUUGGCCUUGAUUCUAAAAAAAAAAAAAACAGUAACAACAACAACGAGGAAUCUAAAGCGCGCGCGCGUGUGCAAAGCUUCACGUACGACAGUUCUGUAAAUAUAAUUAAUUUAGGAUAAUGUUAAAUAAUGUAUCUUGGAAGGAUAUGUAAGAGUUUGGCUUGAACAGAGUAUAACAUACGAGUCCUGGAGGCUCCUCAGGGUGGAACUCGUUACCUGUACAGUGGUGAAAGAAACACAUUGUGGAGAUGACUUGUAUCAUCUCCGGUAAACACCCCAGACGAUGUUUCAUACACAGAAUUAAGUUUUGUAUUUAUUUAGCACGGUGGAUCACCAUAUACUGUAUAUUAUCAGUCCCUCUCCCAGUGAUCAAUAACAUCGACUGAAAAAUUGAACAAAAUAUUUCCUCAAGGAGUGAACAAAGGCGGUGAUGGCAUAAAACUCAACGAUCAAAUUCCUUAACACGUUGUACCUUAUUAUUGUUUAUGUACACGAACCAUCACAUGUUUAGUAUCUAAACCAUGUAACUCUAUAUUAUCCAAAGACUUGUCGCUCAAAAUCAAGAUAUCAAUGGAUUCUUAUAAGCCUCUCUUUUCUCCCCCCUUGUGUGUGUGUGUGUACAGUCAUCUCUUUCACGUGUUCAUUCAUGUGGUGUCGUGGUGUGAGUCUUGGUCACCAGCCACGGUAUCUGUUGCUUCCUCAACACGUUAUACUUUAUCAGUCAUUCUUCUCUUUGGAUAUUUCAUCGUUAGUAAUUUACGAUUUUUCAUCAUUAUUCUCCUUCUACUAACUCCGUGUCUUCCUAUAUUGCCUUUUCUCCUUUUUCUUCUACUUUAUCUUCCUCUUCUGCAUUACCACAACAACAUUAUGCAAGAGAGACACAAAUCACUCGCUGCUAAGCAAGAGAGAAGAGCAAUGCGGGCGUGAGACGGAUGUGGGCGUGUGUGUGUAUGUGUGGUGGGCGUUUGAUCCAGGGCGCGGGUCACGUCAGGCUGUGACCCGCGCCCUUUGGGUCAAACGAGAUCAAGGAGAUCGGCGCAGGGAGACCACUUGAAGGAGAGGUUAUGGAAAGGCUCACCAUGGGGAGGCUUCAGGACAAACAACUUCAUCACUGCAGGAGACACUGUAGUACAACCAAUCUUCACUGUAUCGAGAGCCUUGUAGCUAUUUACUGUAGAAAAAUCAACAAGAACUUACCCAAACUAGGUAUUGAUGGAAGGAUCCUGUAGAUGUUUCUUUUGUUCUGGAUCACAGGAAUGAAAAACUCCCAAGAUGGGUUUAGAAAUUUGUGAAUAAUAUUAAAUUCUUUGUUUGCAUUUAUUAGCGUAAUGAGUGAGUUGGGAGUGAUAUUCUAGAUACACCGACGCUUAGUAAGUUUCUUAAAGUAACGGGAGGUAUUUUGUUGUCAAACUGUGAUUAUUUUGAAAUCUGAGGAGCGAGUUAUUCCUGAAGUGAGACUCAAGAAGCAUCAGUGAGGGCGUAUGAGGCUCGGUCCCUCACCUCGAGGAGGACGCCAGAGUCGGCCUCACACAGCGUCUGCUCAAACCUACGUCCUUGUGGCCUCCUGCAGAGGCUCCGUCCAGUCUCCAGGAGACACUCUGGUACUACUUCCACGGAUGGAUCUUCUAAUUUAGUCUUGGGUGAAAGUUUUCCAUGUUGUCAAGUUCUCCCGGAGGAUGGCGGUAGUAAUGGUGAGGGAGUGAGUAAGACAGCUGAUUAUUUGUAUCAAAUAAUAGUGGUUGAAUUAUUUUCUUGUCCAAAUAAGACUAAUAGAUACAAGUUGAUAGUAUUUUGUUGUCAUAAGGUGAUGUGUAUCCUACCAGUGCCCACGAGGCCUUAUUCUCUGCCGUCCACAUACCAAGUAGUGCUCGAGUCAGUGCCACUGAUUCACUCCACAAGUCGACUAGUCUCACAUGACGCUGGUGAGCGAGACACAUUCUUUUGCUUUAUUUUAACGCCAAGAUAUCUUUAUACAUACAUAUAUAAUUAUAUAGUGCUAUGUGACCUAGGUAGCUCUGCUUGUCAUGUACUGUACAUCCCAGUCUCUUGUUUGACUUCUUCAUUGUAAUGAACACUGGCCUUCUGAGGGCCCCGUGUACAUAAGCUGUGAGACCCGUGUAUAUAAGUGUGAGUUGUUGUUUUGUACUAGAGGUAUUAGGUGAAAUGUUAUGGCGUCACUCACCUUCUCCACACACUCAUGACGCAGUAACCAUACACUCAUAACACACUCAUCGUGCACGCGUGAUACACUCACCACAUUACUCAUGAUGCAGUCUUGACACAUUCGGCACACUCAUUACACACUCAAGAUGCUCUCAUCACAUACUCACAUGAAACACUCACACUCACAUAAAGUACUCACCACACACACACUCACAUGAGGUACUCAGCCCCUCGCCUUGUUAACCAUCAACCAACACACUCAAGAGUAAACAAACAUUGAUGGAUAACAUGUAGUGCAGCCAAACAGAAAAAGUCUAUUAUAACACACUGUUCUGUCACUCCCUGUGUGCAUUAAAGUGUGUGUGGUGAGUGUGUGUAGUGAGUGUGUGUGGUGAGUGUGUGUGUGGUGAGUGUGUGUGGUAAGUAUAUGUGUGGUGAGUGUGUGGUAAGUGUAUGUGUGGUGAGUGUGUGGUAAGUAUAUAUUUUGAUAGUGUAGGAAGUGUAUGUUUUGAGUAUGUGGUAAAGUGUAUGUGUAGUGAGUGUGUGGUAAAUAUAUGGUAAAUAUGUGAUAAACGUGUAUAUGCUAAGUGCCCUGUAAGUGUGUAUGUGAUGAGUAUGUGUGGUAAAUGUGGCAAGUGUGUAGUAAGUGUAUGGUCUGAGUAUGUGGUAAGUGUAUGUGGAGAGGGCAAGAGUGUCUACCAACCCAGCAGCCUCACCAAGAUAAUGUUAUGUUGUUAAGAUCAGUCAUCUUAUCAAGUCCCCGGGGCGUCACAACACCUCUGCUAGAUAGGAACCAAAUAAAAACCUUGAUUCUUGACGUUCAAACUUACGACUGUCAUGUGUCUUGAGUUUUUUCCCCCAGUAUUAUCUGUUAUUAUGAAGACGAUGAUGUUUACCCUCUUAGUUCACAUUUAGAAGGUGAUGUACAUUUUUUUUCCUAGGAGAAUAACUAUUUGUGAGAUAAACGAUGACUCUUGUUGAUUAAAUGUUCAAUACAAGAAGCCUUACUGAUGUAGUACUAAAUGCUUAAUAAAUUCUAUCAUUAGGAACAUCUAAGAUUUUAAAAUGAAUAUAAAAAAAAAGUUUUAAAAUAUUAUGUAGUUUCUGUGUCUAUCAUUUAUCUAGAGUAAAUAAACUUUUCAUUUCUCUCCCCCGCUCCCUGUACCGACCCAGUAUUCUAGAAUCAGUUAUGUAAAAAUUAGACUAAACAAUUAUAGAAAGUAGUUAUAUCUAAUUUGUUUAUUCUACUUGAACCAUAUUUUUUUUUGUGUUAUCAUUUACGGUCCAAGUUUCCCUUAGUUGCUGUGCUUGCGUUCGUGCCUUAUGCAUGUGCAGUGAAAAACAUUAUCAAUAAAUAUGCAUACAUACA